CUAGAGAGAUGAGGGAGAGCCAGGAAAAGAAGAACAAAAGCUAAGGCCUGCAAAGCCAAGAGAAAUGUAAAUGAUGUUAACGUUUAUUGUGAAACUGUUAUGUGCCCGGGCCCCUACACAGUGAUCUCUCUGUACUAAACUGGUGACUGCCUUUUUUUUUUUUUUUUUUUUCCCAUUCUAGAGGUGAGGAAAUGGAGGCUAAGAGAAAUGAGGUGACUUGAGUCUGGGUCAUGUAUUGGGAUUGUUCAAACUAACCUGAAAUAAUUAGAAAAAGAGGCAUAAACAUAGAGGAAAGGAGCUAUGGACAACAAAAUAGGAAUCCCCAGAAGGACAAUGAUUUGGAGGCUUUUUGUAUGUGUGGUACUAGGGAUGGAUCCUCGGCCUUCACACCGAGCUGCAUCCCCAGCCCUUUAUUUUAUUUUUCUUAAUUUUGAGACAAGGUCUUGCUAAAUAGGUAAGUUGCCCAAGCUGAGCUCAAAUUUGAAAUCCUCUUGUCCUGAGAGUGCUGGGAUACAGGCAUGCACUACCACACCUGACUUCAGAGCUUUCUUAACCUUUGAUUAUACACUAGAAUCAGCUGGAGUGCUUACUGCAAAUUCCCAGGUAUCAUUUCAAACCAGUUCAGUCAGAAUCUCAGGAAUGGGGCCUGGCAUCUACAAAAGCACAUUAGAGGACUUUGAACUGCUGGGAGAGGGGCAGAGAUGUGGAAGAGGGAUGAAGUGAAAUGCAGCUUCACUUUGAAGGGAAACCUAAGCUGGAAAAGAAUAAAAUCCUGAAUGAGAGACAGAGACGCAGAGAGUUGAGAAAAGAGAUAGGACUGGCUGUUGGCUUGGGGCUGGGAGCACUGGUUGAAGUAGCCAAGAAAUCCCUGCCAGGAGGACACCUACAGUCAGAAAGUGGCUCCCAGCUGGGCUCCAGCCCUUUCUUAUCUGAGGCCAACGCUGAGAGGAUCGUGCAGACCUUGUGUACAGUCCGGGGGGCCGCCCUCAAGGUUGGCCAAAUGCUCAGCAUCCAGGACAACAGCCUCAUCAGCCCCCAGCUGCAACGCAUCUUUGAGCGGGUCCGCCAAAGCGCCGACUUCAUGCCCCGCUGGCAGAUGCUGAAAGUUCUUGAAGAAGAGCUGGGCAAAGACUGGAAAGCCAAGCUGCCCUCCCUGGAGGAGGUCCCCUUUGCUGCUGCCUCAAUUGGGCAGGUGCACCAAGGUGUGCUAAAGGAUGGGACAGAGGUGGCUGUGAAGAUCCAGUACCCAGGCGUUGCCCAGAGCAUCCACAGCGAUGUACAGAACCUGUUGGCUGUCCUCAAGAUGAGUACAGCCCUGCCGGAAGGCCUGUUUGCUGAGCAGAGCCUGCAGGCCUUGCAGCAGGAGCUGGCUUGGGAAUGCAACUACCUCCGAGAGGCAGCCUGUGCCCAGAGCUUCAGGCAGCUGUUAGCAGAUGACCCCUUCUUUCGGGUUCCAGCUGUGAUUAAAGAACUGUGCACCACACGAGUGCUAGGCAUGGAGCUGGCUGGUGGAGUCCCUCUGGACCAGUGCCAGGGCCUGAGCCAGGAUGUCCGGAACCAGAUUUGCUUCCAGCUCCUGAGGCUGUGUCUGCGGGAGCUGUUUGAGUUCAGAUUCAUGCAGACAGACCCCAACUGGGCCAACUUCCUGUACGAUGUCUCCAGCCACCAGGUGACUCUGCUGGACUUCGGUGCAAGCCAAGAAUUUGGGACAGAGUUCACAGACCACUACAUUGAGGUGGUGAAGGCUGCAGCUGAUGGAGACAAAGACUGUGUCCUGCAGAAAUCCCGGGACCUCAAAUUCCUCACAGGCUUUGAAACCAAGGCAUUCUCCGAUGCCCAUGUGGAAGCAGUGAUGAUCCUGGGGGAGCCCUUUGCUGCCCCUGGCCCCUAUGACUUUGGGGCGGGGGACACUGCCCGCCGCAUACAGGGCCUCAUCCCAGUGCUGCUGCAGCACCGACUGCGCCCACCACCUCAGGAGACCUAUGCCCUGCACCGCAAGCUAGCAGGGGCCUUCCUGGCCUGUGCCCGACUCCACGCCCACAUUGCCUGCCGGGACCUCUUCCAAGACACCUACCAUCGAUACUGGGCCAGUCGCCAGGCACAACCCUUGCCAGCAGCCUCCUGACCAUAGACCCUCCCUGCAGACCCCAUGACAGCCUCCACCUAGGGAUUCCAGGGCCACAGCAGGCCAUUCCCUAUCCUUCUUGUCCUUGCCUGGGAGACCCCCUGAGGCUUCCUGAUCUUGCCUAGCUCCCACCUUGGCCCAGGAUUUUGGGAACCCUGAGCUCUAGAGUAUCCCAAUUCACAGCUCCUCCCACUGCAAAGGGGGCAUCCAGGAACUGUAAGCCAGAGAAUGUGUCAACUGAUUUUUGACAACUGAUUUCUGAUGACUUGCAAGGGAGCCUGACUCACCUCUGCCUCUUCAGGAUCUUUGGUGAAAAAGGAAGAGAGAUGGUCCGUGGAGGCCUUAGCUCCUUUACUGGGCCUCCUUUACUCUUCCACCAGCUCCCUUCUCUCUGGUCCAAACUCUGUAUUGGAAGGGUGGGAGUGGGGAUUGAACCUUCCCUCCGAAUAAAAGCGACCCUUCCCUUCCCCCA